AUGUCGAAAGGAAAAAAGUUUAGAAAGAUCGGAAAGACAAGCUUUCAGCCCCCAAAGAAUGUUGUUUUCUCGGACAAAAGAUCCUCUGCGGAUGGUAGCAGCGACCAUGAAGAUGGUUUGACAAAAAGCGCGUCCAAACAUGAUUUGGCGCGGGAGGCUGCAUCGCUCUUGAAAGUACGAGCCACUUUACCAGUGUACAAGCACAAAGAUUCUAUUAUGUCACAUAUCAACAAAAACCAGGUCACUAUUCUCAUUGGUGAAACAGGUUCCGGUAAGUCCACGCAAAUUCCCCAAUUUCUAAUGGAGAACUUCCCAGAAAAGACAGACAAGCGAAUCGCAGUAACCCAGCCUCGAAGGGUUGCUGCGAUAAAUUUAGCUUCUCGUGUUGCCCAGGAAUACGGGUGCCGUCUUGGAGAACGAGUGGGCUAUUCCGUUAGAUUCGAUAACAAGAGCAACGCUCGAACAAAGCUUAAGUACCUGACAGAUGGUAUGCUUCUGCGUGAAAUCAUGCUCGACAAGAAUUUAUCUGAUUAUUCGUGUGUUAUAAUUGACGAGGCUCACGAGCGUACCAUUUUGACCGAUCUAAUCCUAGGUUUUUUGAAAGAGCUGAUAAACAGUUCUCGCCAGGACUUGAAAGUUGUGGUGAUGUCAGCAACGCUUCAAGCAGAAAAAUUUAGUGAGUUCUUUGGAAGAGCGCCUAUUCUGUUUGUAGAAGGGCGCAAAUUUCCAGUACAAAGAAGUUAUCUGAAGGCCCAAUGCGAUGAUGUCGUGGACGCAAUAAUUAGGUGCUGCGUGCAAUUAAAUCAGAGUGAACAAAUGGGCGAUAUAUUGUGCUUCAUGCCAGGCCAGGAGGAGAUUGACAAAGCCGUGGCUAUUCUAAGCAAAGUUGGUGAACACUUAGGGGCAUCCGUGCCACGUCUUGUGGCUUUACCACUGUACGCAGCACUACCACCAGCCGAGCAGGCAAAAGUUUUUGCUCCCGUAAAAGGGUUCAAGCGAAAAGUUGUAUUCUCAACAAACUUGGCGGAGACCUCUGUAACGAUUUCGGGCGUGAAGUUCGUUGUAGAUUCCGGCCUCCGCAAAGUUAAAGUGUGGAGGCACCAACUGGGGCUUGCCACAUUAUUGACUGUACCGAUAUCGAAAGCAAGCGCCUCGCAGAGAACAGGACGUGCUGGUAGAGAAAGUGCAGGAAAAUGCUUCAGACUUUACAGGGAACAAGACUACCAAAAAUUACCAAACCAGACAGAACCCGAAAUCGCUCGGAGUGAAGUGACCUCGCCAAUUCUCAUGCUCAAAAAGGUUGGCGUGAAAGAUAUUGUGAACUGGUCCUGGUUAGAGAAUCCAGGCAAGCAAGCUAUUCUUAUGGCGCUUCAAGAGCUGUUCCAACUAGGUGCCCUUGAUGACUCUGGCAAAAUAACAAACAAAGGUCAAAAAAUGGCUUUGUUGCCUUUAGCGCCGCAUUUAAGUUCCGUUUUGUUGAAGGCUCACGAAGACGGUUGUCUUCUGCCUGUCAUCGACAUAGUGUCCUGCUUAAGCGUUGAAAAUCUGCUGAUAAAUCCUUCCCCAGAACAACGUGACGAAGUUAACGAGAAGCGCUUUUCCAUAGCGACAAGAGGUUCAAAAUAUGGAGACCUUGUUAUGCUGAAAGAGUUUUAUGACGCAUACAUGUCUCUGAAGAGUGCUGCGGAAAAGGAUGACUGGUGCAAAGAGCUGUGCGUUUCUAAAAGAGGUUUCAAGAAUGUCGUCAAAAUUCGAGCACAACUUUUGUCCUAUAUGGAGCGUCUCUUCAAAGAGAAAUUGAGCGAUAAUGAAGAUGAAUCUGAUAGCUUCGACAUAAAGGCUAUUGUCAAGUGCUUCUUGGCUGGAUUCGCAAAGAACACGGCAAUAGGCAUGCCUGAUAGGUCUUUCAGGACUUCAACCACGGGGGAGACCAUAUCGGUACAUCCUUCUUCGAUGUUGUUCAUGGACAGGUCUUGCCCUGCUAUUCUUUACACUGAAUAUGUGUUUACCACGAAGGGGUACGCUAGGAACGUUAGUCGGCUAGAAUUAUCCUGGUUACAGGAGGUCGCUGGUAUUUCUACAGUCAAGGUUAGUGCUAGGUGA